GUCAGGCGCUCCUUCUCCCACCUGUCGCCUCGAGCUCCAAACCGCCUCUCUCUCUCCUAUAAAUACUCCUCCAACCCAUCUCAUUUCUUCACUUCUCUUCUUCGCUCCUCAAGUUUUAACCGGUCUACUUUCUCUCUCUAGCCUUCUGCCAAGUAAGUCCUCCAGUCCUCCUAGUCUUUUAAUUCUUCCAUCUUUCCAUUUUUGACCGGUAGGCUGAAGUCAUGUCUUCCUCUAACUCACAAAAUGUAUCCGGUCAAUCUUAUGGAUCGGGUUCUCAACCCUCUUUCUCAUCUGAGUCUUCUUCUCCCCCUGUCACUCCUUUGAUUCGCUGCCCCUCUCACCAAUCUAAUUCUCAGGCCCGGGAAAUAAUUGCCCAGGACCCUGUCCCUUUGAAUCAACUGCCGGGUCGAUUCAAUCCCAAGGUCCUUAGCUGGGAGCAAUGGGAGGAACGACUGGGAUCCUUGGGCUUCCUAUCCCUUGAUGUCAGACCGGUGUUCAAAGAGUCCUCUAGGGUCACCAAAAAGGUUCUGGCCGAGGUCCGUACCAUCCUCCCACCGGGCUACAAAGUCCUUUCCACAACCACCUGGCCCAACAUCAUUGAACCCCACCAGGGAACCUGGUUGGGUUUCCAUAUUGCGUCUCUGGAGGGAGGUAUUAUUUUUCCUCUCCGCCCCCUCCUCGUAGAAAUCUGUAACAAGUUCAAGAUUCUUCCCGGCCAGCUUACUCCAAAUGCUCACCGGUUUUUGAAUUGUUUUGUAAAUAUAUGUGAAAAUUUGAAAAUCGACCCUUCCCUUGAGCUUUUUCUCCACAUGUACGAAGUCUUGCCCGGGACUAGUAACUGCCCGGGCUUUGUCUAUUUCCAUUCCCGCAAUAAGAGGGGGUUUGUGACCGGUCUUCCCCCCAGCCAUAAGAGAUGGAAACAAAGAUUCGUUUUUAUUGAGUUUCCAUCUGACCAAUUUCCUUUCACUAACCCUGAGUGGGCUGACCGGGUAAUAAAACCUAAAAGGGUUCACCCGGAGCCUACCCCUGAGCUUGAAGAUGCCUGCGAGAAACUUCUCAAGGGUGAUCCUGUGACCGGUAAGCCAUACGCCUAUGGUGGAUGGGUAUACCGGUUACCUAACCCGGAUGGGGGUGAAUCUGCGACCCAUGACGCAGAAGAUGACUGGGCAAACUCCCCGGAUGGUCAUGCUGAGGCCAGUUCUCCUCGUCCAGACAUGAAUUUCAACAGGAUGACCACCAUCAUUGAAGAUGACGACGAUGAUGUCCAAGUCCUCCAUUCCAACCGGUCUCCCAAUCGCAACCCUCCCUCCCCUCCUCAAAACAUUGGAGUUGAAGGGGCCUCAACUGCUCGGUGCUCUUCCUUUGACGAUCUCAUUCGAGACAAACAGGUGAAGUCACCCUCAGCCCUCCAUUUCUCCGAAGGCGACCGGGUUGAAUCCAAGCCCAAGGAGGCCAGCCAUUCUUCUUCCCGUGCUAAGGGCCAGAAAAGGAAGGGCUCCCAUAAGAGUUCUAAAGGGGGCAAGAAGAAGAAGACCGGGUCGCUUGACUUGGAAGGGGAGUUGGUAGAAGAAGCCUUCCUUGCAUUGACCAGAAGACUCCAAAAG